AUGGAGAAGCCGACGCCUUUUAUCAACUCGUCGAUGCUGCCACAGUAUCGCGGGCAGAUUGUGCGCAUUGUAGGAAAGGUCAACAAGGUGAGUGGGACCACCCUCCUCCUCCAAACCUCCGAUCUGGGACAUGUAGAGGUUCAGCUGAACAGGGAUACCGAGCUCUCUUCAGCCCAGUACGUAGAGGUCAUUGGAAAAGUGGCCGAUUCGGGAGAGGUGUUGAGGGAAUUUGCUAGUGUGGAUGUUGGAGAUGGGGUUGAUAUGAAUCUGGUGGAACGGGUAGUGGAAAUCUCAGCAAAGGUCCCACAGCUCUUCACAGGCGAGGCAUAG